AGAAACUCCCUCGUUGGCUCUGCCAAGCCCAUCAGCACUUUGAGCAAUUUGACUCUGCGAUUGACUUUGGUAGUGAUUACGAUUACAAUCCUCAGAACCUCUCACAGCACGACUUUUACCUACAGCGGGAGGUGGCGCUAGCAAUGCCAUGCCCUUCCCGUUUUGGUGGCAGCAAAAAGCACUAACACUACCUACAUAUCGAGAUCCAUACAAAGAUACAUCAGACCACUUUUUGCAACGACCAUCAACAUCCAUCGUCACCAUCCGAAGCUCCAGAACGUGUCGAAGCUGUCCACCCUUGACUCGUUCUUGGCUGAUAUCUGCCAACAAGAAACAAGAGCUAAAGAGCUAGCCAACCUUACUAGGGUACCUAUACCGAUCUCCCCUUCUGUGCCGCCGGCGGAGGACGAGAUAUCGAUGUCCUCCGGGCAGACCACUUCGCUGCCCAUCCCAUCCCAUUCCACUGUCUAUCCUGUCUUGUCCUCCGGUCCGUCUUCCUUGCUCUCUUCCGCUCCUUAUGCCUCUUCUGAAUAGGCACGGUAGGUUAGGCAAUUGGGAACGUCCCCCACGCACGCCACUAUCUUGCCCAUUGCUCAUCUCAUUACCCAUCUUGUGUCUGAACUUUGAGCCGCCCAGCCCAGCAACCUCCUACCUACGGUACUACGUGCCAUCCAAUCCGUGACAGUGGUCGUCUACACCCACGCCCUCGCUCUCGCUCUCGCCCUCAGCCGUGCAGAAAACCUAUCUCAUCUCCCUCGUACUCCAAUUGGAUCACCAUCCUGCUGUAACCUCUGCUGAUCUCCUCAACGGCCGUCUACCCAUACGUAGUAGUUCCAUGGGCCAUGGGUUUACGUUACCCUACCCAAUCUGCGGCAAAGACUUCAAACUAAGCCUGGUAUAGUAUGUACAUACAUGCCGUAGCAUGUAGCAUGUAGCAGGUAGGAAUUAGCAUAGCCUUUCCUUUCCUUUCCCUUCGGCGUUCUCUCACCGCACUCCCCGUUAUGCUCUACACCUACCUCUCUUCUCCUCUUUCCUUGGCAACCCCUUCAGGUUUCUCGUAUAAGAAGUCUUGGAAGCUCUGCGUAUAGAGUUCUCUCCUUUGUUCUUUUCUUCUCAUCUCUCAUCCCAAGAGUUCAACCUCACUCACAACUCUUACAACCUCAUCACUUAUAUACAUAUAUCCUAAUCACCCUUACCCCCCAAUGACAGAGGAAGUCAAAUCUAUCUCGCCCUUCGGCAUUGCCCGCUCAACUGUCAAGGGCGAGCCUCUCUCCAAGGAGGAGAUCCAGCAGUACAAUGACUUCUUCAAGGCCAGCUGCUAUCUCUCCUUAGGCAUGAUCUACCUCAAGGAGAAUCCUCUUCUUCGAGAACCCCUCAAGGCCGACCAUCUCAAGCUUCGAUUGCUUGGCCACUUUGGCUCUGCCCCCGGCCAAAUCUUCACAUAUAUGCACUUUAACCGUCUGAUCAAGAAGCACGAUCUUGACGCUCUCUUCAUAUCUGGUCCCGGACACGGUGCCCCCGCUGUCCUGUCUCAGUCUUAUCUGGAGGGUGUCUACACUGAGGUGUACCCUGACAAGACUCAAGAUGCUGAGGGUAUGCAAAAGUUCUUCAAGAGCUUUUCGUUCCCAGGUGGAAUUGGCUCUCACGCUACUCCUGAAACCCCUGGAUCUCUCCAUGAGGGUGGUGAGCUGGGUUACUCCAUCUCACAUGCCUUUGGUGUUGUCUUCGAUAACCCCAACUUGAUUGCUCUUACUAUGGUCGGUGAUGGUGAGGCCGAGACUGGUCCCCUGGCUACCGCCUGGCACAGCAACAAGUUCCUCAACCCGAUUGUUGACGGUGCUGUCCUCCCUGUUCUUCACCUUAACGGUUACAAGAUCAACAACCCCACAGUCCUUGCUCGAAUCUCACACCGAGAACUCGAAUGCCUCUUCAUCGGUUAUGGCUGGCAGCCAUACUUUGUUGAGGGCGACGAUGUUGAGACUAUGCACCAGGCUAUGGCUGCUACUCUCGAGCACUGCGUGGACGAGAUCCGAAAGAUCCAGAAGGAGGCUCGUGAGUCCGGCGAGGCCAAGCGACCUCUGUGGCCCAUGAUCGUUCUCCGAAGUCCCAAGGGUUGGACUGCCCCUCGCAAGGUUGACGAUAAUUACCUCGAGGGCUACUGGCGAGCUCACCAGGUGCCCAUCUCAGACCCCGCCACAAACCCUGCUCACCUCAAGGUCCUUGAGGAUUGGAUGCGAAGCUACGAGCCCGAUCGUCUAUUUGACGAGUCUGGCGCGCCUAUUGCCUCUCUCCGUGCUCUUGUGCCUGAAGGUAACCGACGAAUGAGCGCCAACCCCGUCGCCAACGGUGGUGCGCUUAGGAAGCCGUUGAGAAUGCCCAACUUCAAAGACUACGCCAUCAAGGUUGACAGCCCCGGAAACGUCAUGAACGCCAGCAUGACCAACAUGGCUGUCUUCCUCAAGGAUGUCAUUGCUGAGAACCAGACAAACUUCCGUCUCUUUGGUCCUGAUGAGACUGAAUCUAACAAGCUUGGCGGUGUCUACGCUGCCGGGAAGAAGGUCUGGAUGGGCGAGUACUUCGAGGAGGAUGACAACGGUGGUAACCUUGCCAAGGCUGGCCGUGUCGUUGAGAUGCUUUCUGAGCAUAACUGUGAAGGCUGGCUCGAGGGUUACCUCCUCAGUGGUCGCCACGGUCUUCUCAACAGUUACGAGCCUUUCAUUCACGUUAUUGACUCCAUGGUCAACCAGCACUGCAAGUGGAUCGAGAAGUGUCUCGAGGUUGAGUGGCGAGCCAAGGUUGCCUCUCUCAACAUCCUCUUGACUGCCGUUGUCUGGCGUCAAGAUCACAACGGUUUCACUCACCAAGAUCCCGGUUUCCUCGACGUUGUCGCCAACAAGAGCCCCGAGGUUGUCCGCAUCUACCUUCCUCCUGAUGGCAACUGUCUGCUUUCUGGUAUGUCUAACUCAUGAUCUUAGUCUGAUCUUGACUAACUUGCCACAGUCAUGGACCACUGUCUCCGAUCAGUCAACUACGUCAACGUUGUUGUUUCUGAUAAGCAGGAGCAUCUUCAGUACCUCUCCAUGGACGCUGCCAUUGAGCAUUGCACCAAGGGUAUUGGUAUAUGGCCUCAGUUCUCCACCGAUGCUGGACAGGAUCCCGACCUGGUCAUGGCCUCUUGCGGUGAUAUCAGCACUCAUGAGUCUUUGGCCGCCAUUGAUCUCCUGCUCGAGCACUUCCCUGAGCUCAAGAUUCGAUGCGUCAACGUUGUUGAUCUCUUUAAGCUGAUCCACCCCAGCGACCACCCCCACGGUCUCCCCGACUCUGAGUGGACCAGCCUCUUCACUGAUGACACACCUGUCAUCUUCAACUUCCACAGCUACCCCUGGAUGGUGCACCGCCUGACAUACAAGCGUCCUGGUAGCCGCAACCUCCACGUUCGCGGUUACAAGGAGAAGGGCAACAUCGAUACACCUCUCGAGCUUGCUAUUCGCAACCAGACUGAUCGAUUCAGUUUGGCCAUCGAUGCUAUCGACCGCAUGCCUCAACUCCACAACCGGGGCGCCUCGGCCCGCCAGGCUCUGCUCAAUGCACAGAUCCAGGCCCGCAACGAGGCCUUUGAGACAGGCAUGGACCCUCCCUUCCUCAAGAACUGGACCUGGAAGCGCAAUGGCCUUUGGAAGAAGGUUGCCGACGGCCUUGUCUCUCGAUAGACGAAUAUAGAAACAUUUUACAGGUCAAGGAGAAACGGAUGCAGCCCAUCGCUGGAUAUCCCUUCACGGUACCAAAGAUUUCUAGACUGAAACGAAUAGAUGAAAUAAAUUCAGCGAAAAUAAGACGGUGGGCGUUGCUGGGUGGUCGGUUAUCAUGUUAACAAGAUGUUAUUUUCCUAUUUCUUCUCAUCUUACAAAUUUCUACAGUUAUGCAAUACGAAUCGUUCAAAGUAGUUCCCAUGAAACACUCAAUUCUGAACUGCUUCUCUCUUCAUAUGAUACUGCGUCAUGCCCAGAUCAGGGAACUCACUUGUUUCAACGACCUUGAACCCAAACUUCUCAUACAGGCCCCUUCCUUCGCCAGAGCUAUUUAGAUAAGACAUCCAACCUUCUCGGUCGGCUCUCUCAACACCGAAUCUCAUAAGCACAGAUCCUACGCCCCGUCGCUGUGCUUCUUUUGCAGUGGCAAUCGUGCUUAGGAACCAAUGCCUCUCACCAGCGACGUGUUUGAAAGUCUCAUCAGCAUUCCUCUGAAAGAAAUCCGCCGCGGUCGCUUGGUCUCCCGAAGCAGGAAACGUAGAAGGGUCGAUCUGCUUUCCCGACAAUGGUGGGUUUUCUCUACGUGCCCAGCGCGCCCAGCCGACGAUUUUAGAAUCGUCCUCUGCGACGAGCAUGAAAUUGUCAUCCUUGUCGUCGAUGUUGGUUUGGAGAAAUGAAGCUUGGAAGGCUUGGACAUCAGGAGAUGAUGGGGGGAAGCAACGCUUGUUUAGAGGCGAGGAAGAGAAUGCGGAGAAGAAGACGGCGAGCAUUUGGGGGAUGUCUUCGGGCGUUGCUGGGCGGACUGUUAAGGGUGACAUGACUGCGGGUGGUGAAAGGUUGAAGUUGUGAUUUAGGUAGAAUGGAGAGAACGUUGGUAUAAGUUCUUUGGCCAAUGGGGUGAGUCACGCCGAUAAAACAAGAACAUAUGUUGAGAUAUCAACCGGUCAGCCACAAGCACUGAUACAGAGAUCACUUUUGAUACUAUAACCAACACAACAGAAAACUAAGCCAGCACGAGAGUGUAAGUUGGAAAAUUGACUAGCCUUUAUAAUUCACUACUACAGGUAUUGGUCAACUCAAUCAUAGCUUGUGAUUCGCCAGAUAACGAAAGAACGGCGACUAUAUUCUCCAACUAGGUCAGGUUCCUGACUAGUUCAAACGCUCUCGUAGUGUUCUCAUGAUUAAUUCCGAC